GCAGCUCUCACUGCCCCGGUUCUGCUGCAGCUCUCACAGCCCCUACAGCUCCUGCAGCCCUCACUGCCCCUGCAGUUCCUGCACAGCCCCGGGAGCGCCAGGACAAUGCUGCCCCGAGAGCUCCUGUCCCUGCUCACGCUGCUCUGUGCUUUCAGACUUUCUGCCUCUGUGGUGGAUGAAGACGAUGACUACGAGCUCAUGUACGUGAAUCUGGAUAACGAAAUCGAAGGUCCAGCCCCUGCGGCUGAGGAAGCUGCUUCGUGCGACUGCCAGCGGGAGCACAGCAAGUGGGACAAGCUGUUCAUCAUGCUGGAGAACUCGCAGAUGAAGGAGAACAUGAUGCUGCAGGCUCUGGACGAGCUGCCCAGGCUGGAGCUGCAGACCCUGAGGGCAGAGCUGAGCCAGCUGGCCACCACCCUGGCGGGCACUGUCACCACCGCCACCUCGCGCGUGGCGUCCCAGGUGGAGCAGGCACUGCUGAGGAGCAGGGACCAGGCCGAGCAGGCCCGGAGGCUGCAGGAGUCGGAGCAAGGGAAGGUUCUGGAGCACGUCCUGCAGCUGAGCCACAACGUGUCGGCGAGGCUGGGCUGGCUGGAGAGCGCCUGGCACGGCAGGGCCGAGGAGCAGGCACAGCACACAGCCCUGCAGCAGGACAAACAGCAUGGCAGCAGAGGGGACAGCCCCAUCCUGAGCUCCCUGUGGAAGGAGCUGCAGCAGACCCGGGCUGAGCUGAGGGCGUCACAGCAAUGGGCAGCUCAGCACCUGCUGCCAGCAGGCUGCGAAACCGCGAUCCUGUUCCCCAUGCGCUCGAGGAAGAUCUUUGGCAGCGUGCACCCGACCUCUGCGAUGACCCUGAGCUCCUUCACCGCCUGCAUCUGGCUCAAGGUGACCGAGGCCCUGGACAAAACCAUCGUGUUCUCCUACGGAACCAGGUUCAACCCCUACGAGAUCCAGCUGUACCUGAGCCGCGCCUCGGCCGUGCUGGCCGUGGGCAGCGCCCAGCACAAGCUGGCUGCCACCAACGUGGUGGUUCCCGGCAAGUGGCUGCACCUGUGCGGCUCCUGGAGCUCGGAGAACGGAUCUGCGUCGCUGUGGGCACAGGGGGAGCUGGCAGCCAGCGCCUGGCACGUGGCUGGGGCUCACACCAUCCCUGACGGGGGCAUCCUGCAGCUGGGCCAGGAGAAGAACGGCUGCUGCGUGGGAGGAGGCUUUGAUGAAGCUCUGGCCUUCUCGGGGAAGCUGACUGGCUUUAACCUGUGGGACAGAGUGCUCAGCCCCGCCGAGGUGACAGCCCAGAGCACGGGGGACACCUGUGGCACCCGGGGCAACGUGGUGGGCUGGGGGGUGACCGAGGUGCUGCCCCACGGAGGGGCCCAGUACGUGUCCUAAAGCUGGGGCUGCACGGGGACGGAUUGCGCAGAGCUGAACAGCCAGAGCUGCAGCAGCCCCUGCCUCUGGAAUCCCCAAGGAACAGCAGCCCUGCAAGCUCACAGAAGGAGGCACUGUGGAGAUGGGGUGGAUCUCUGCCUGCUGCCCUGGAGAAACCCCGAAAACACAGCCACACACCAAGGGGUGGCACUGGAAAGCUGCUCCUGGGGCCAGGCAGCUCUGUCUCUCCAGUGCAGGGUUUCUGAUGUAUAAAGUGAGGGUCACCAUGGACACUCAGGAGCCAAAUGGAGCUCCCAACAUCCCUGCUGAGGAAAAUCUGACCUGGCUCUGCAAAACACAGCAGCUGUGGCUGCCCCUGCAUCCCUGGCAGUGCCCAAGGCCAGGUUGGACAUUGGGCUUUGGAGCAACCUGGGACAGUGGAAAGUGUCCCUGCUCAUGGCAGGGGGCGGGACUGGAUGAGCUUAAAGGCCCAUUCCAACCCAAACCAUUCCAGGCUCCCUCCAAUCCUUGGGUUCUAUAGUGUUAAUGUGAAUUUUACAGAGGAAGCGCCCAAAUCAAGAAAUGUGUUGUCUAUUAAUCAUUGUUAGUAAUGUGUAGGCUCUAAGAAGGCUAGUUCCUUGUUUAAAGCAUUAUUUAUGCCAUGGAUUGAUAUAAAAAUAAUAUUCCCCAUCAUAAUCUGACGUGACAUUGGGAGGAAAUGCAGCUGUAUUAUAUUGUACAUUGACUUUGUGAUAAUUUUAUUGAAAUUAUUUUUGUAAAGUUGUUUUGUAAAUAAAGAUACUUUACUAGA